AUGGGGCCCCCAAGUAUUGCUGCUGCAGCUGCUGCAGCUGGUCGGAGGUUUGCAGGGUAUGCUGCUUCUCCUCUGGUAGCGGCUGCUGCCGAUGCAGCAAUUGUGAAUGUCGAAGCAGCAGCAGCAGCAGCUCCGGCUGCAGCUGCUGCAGCUGUUGCUGCUGCUGCUCCCCCCUCCCGCUCCAGGCACUUUGCCUCUGCAGCAGCCUGCAUGCAACACCCAACAGCAGCAGCAGCAGCUGCUGCUGCUGCUGCAAGGCGACGUGUGCUACUCCCCUCGAACAGCAGCAACAAAUUAAACCCUGACUCCAGCAGCAGCAGCAGUAGCAGCAGCAGCACCAGCAGCAGAUCCAACCCUGCUGCUCGCUAUGAGCUGUGGCGUGCCCAUAGCCAAGCAAACAGAAGCAGCAGCAGCAGCAGCAGCAUGAGUCGCUUUGUAUACUCUUCUCUCUCUCUUCGCCCCACGAGUCUGCAGCGCCAGCUGAUGGCUCUGCAGCAGCAGCUGCAGCAGCAGCAACAGCAGCAGCAGCAACAGAAGCGGUUUGCUUCUUUUGCAUCGGGGCCGUUGCCUGGGCCUUCGUUUUCUAUCUCUGAUUUCAGCAGACCUUUUGCUGCUGCAGAUGGUUUCCUGCAGCAGCAGCAGCAGCAGCAGGUGCGUGCGUCUGCAGCAGCAGGGACGCCGGGAUCGGUUCAGGAGGAGGAGCUGCAGCAGCUGCUGCAAGCACACAAGAGGAGUCCAGGAGAUGUGCUGCUGCUGCAGCGUCUUGCAAUGGGGCUAAUAGCAGCAGGAAGAGCCUCAGAAGCUGUCUCUAUUGUUGCUGCUGCUGCUGCUGCUGUGCGCGUCCCUGAUGAGUUGAUGCUGCAGUGUCUCCAAGCAGCAGCAGCAGGCUCGUCUGGUAGCCGCAGCAGCAACAGCGAGCUGCAGCAGCUGCUGCAGUCGUUGCUGCAGCAGCGCAAGCAGGGAACAGAUGAUAGUAUUGUAGCAGCAGCAGCAGCUGCUGCUGCUGCUGCUGUGACUGCAGCAGCACGGGUGUCUUCCCCUCCCCACACCUCCGCCGUCGUGGGGGCCCUGCCGCAGCAGCAGCAGCAACAGCAGCAACAGCAGCAGCAGCAGCAGCAGCAAGGAGCUUAUCGUUUUUUAGUUGGGGCGUGGAGCCUGGUCAAGGGCAUUAUGUACGUUGAAUUCCAGGGUUGCUACCGUUUGCUGCUGUCUCCUUUCGUGGGAGUCUUGCUGCUGGUCGGCUGUCUCUCUGAGCUGCUGCGGCUGAUAUCUGCUACUCUAAGAGGCGAAGGUGUUGGUGCUGCAGCAGCUGGCAGCAGCAAAUGGAUAGAAGACAGAGUUGUCUCCCCUGAAGAUAUCAAAGACUCCUUCGACAGCGUCAAGGGUUAUGAGGAGGUGAAGCGGGAGGUUCGCGAGAUAAUUGAAUAUUUAAAAAGCCCCGAAAAAUUUCAAGCAAUCGGCGCCAAACUCCCCAAAGGCAUUCUCCUACACGGGCCCCCAGGCAAGGGGACUGGGAAGACUCUGCUUGCUCGCGCAAUAGCUGGGGAGGCGGGGGUCCCGUUUUUGCAUGCGUCGGGAUCAGACUUCGAGGAAAUGUUUGUUGGAGUUGGUGCAAGCCGCAUUAGGAGUCUCUUUGCUGCAGCACGAGCGAAGGGGAGGUGUCUCCUCUUCAUUGACGAAGUUGAUGCUGUUGCAGGCAACCGAAAGUUGGAUGCAAAUGGGAACUUCAGACAAACCCUCAAUCAGCUGCUAGCAGAGCUAGACGGCUUCAAACCCAUGUUGGAGUACUACGCGUCUCGGGUUCAGGUGUCUCCGGAGGUGGAUCUGUCUCUUUAUGCUUCUCUGACUUCGGGCUUAACUGGUGCAGACUGUGCAAACCUUAUUAACCUUGCUGCUAUUCGUGCUGCUAGCAAUGGCAAGCAGCAGGGUGGGCAUGCGCUGAUGACUUUAUAUUCAUCGCAUGCAAACUCUUUGCAUAAGGCGUCAAUUCUUUUUAGAGGCGACGCCUUAGGAGUCACUUGGCAAGCCCCAAAGAAAGAACAAUACACAGAAAGGUUUGGGGACUACUUUGACCAACUAAAGAUAUUAUUAGCAGGCAAAGCAGCAGAAGAAAUUAAGUUUGGGAGAGAGAAGGUCUCCACGGGGUGUCUCAGCGAUUUGCAUAAGGCCACGCAGAUGGCCAGACACCUCGUGACGUCCUUCGGCGUGGGUCUGGAGGAGACCGCAGAGGCGAAGAGCAGCAGCAGCAGCAGCAGCAGCAGCAGCAGCAGCAGGAAGGAUUGCGGGAGUUUAGGGGGUUCUUUUAGUGUAUGCUUGGAUGCCGUCGAGAGCAGCGGGCUGUCAGAGUCGCUGAAGCAGCAGAUUGAAGCAGCAACACAAAAACUGCUGUCUGCUGCAUUCAACGAGGCGCUGCAGAUAUUAAAGUCCAAGCAGCACGAACUCCAGAGGGUCGCAGAGGCGCUGCUGCACUAUGAGACCCUUACAGCAGAUGAAAUCCGUGCUGCUGCUGCGGGUACACUGGAGCUGAGCAGCAAGCCCAAGCAGCAGCAGCAGCAGCAGCAGCAACAACAACAACGUGCAGUUAACUCUGUCGCAACCGGCAGCAGCACCGGCAGCAGCAGCGGCAGCAACAAGACCAACAGCAGCACCAACAAUAACAGCAGGAGCAGCAACAAUAACAGCAGCAGCAGCAACAGCGGCAGCAGCAGCAGCAACAGCAGCAGUUCUCCUACGCUGCAAGCAGAGACAGCAGCGGGCAGUAGCAAGGAGACAGCGCACAGCAGCAGCAGCAGCAGCAGCAGCAGCAACAACAGCAGCAGCAGCAGCAGCGAGAUCUGUCUAGGCCCUGUUUUUGAACAUUUCUGCUGCUGUCAAUUAACUGCCCUUAACGUCGCAACAGCAGCAGCCGCAGCAGCAGCAGCCUCAGCAGCAGCAGCCUCAGCAGCAGCAGCGGGUCACAGCAACAACAACAACAACAACAACAACAGCAGCAGCAGCAGCAGCAGGAUGAGUCGUGCUCCAGGUGGUGGGGGCUCUAAAGGCCCUCGCAACGGCACAACUGCAUCAGCAGGAGGUGCAGCAGGAACAGCAGCAGCAGCAGCAGCAGCAGAUGGAGAUGAUAUUCAGUUUAACUGUCUCUUAGGUGUGCUGCUGGCCUUCCCUACCCCUGAGGAGACAGCAGCAUUUGCACCUGUCUCUUUUGAGCUGUAUCCUUCGCUGCUGCCUGUCAACGGCCUCCCGCUGCUGGAGUAUGCAGUGGAGUUCAUGCAAAGAAAUGGCGUGAGCGAUUUGUAUGUCUUAACUCGUGAAGAUUUGCCGGGUAGAGCUGUUGCUGCAGUGGUGCAGCGGUUGCAGCAGCGGCAGCAGCAGCAGCAGCAGCACUGCAGCAGCAGCACGCGCAGCAGCAGCAGCAGCAAACAACCUGCAAUGAAGCUUCAUUGUUUAGUACUACCUGCAUCUGUAGAGACAGCUGGAGAUGCGCUAAGGGCCUUCGAUUCCCUCGUUGACGUUCGCAGCA